GCGGCCGAACAGCCCGCCGCCGGUCAGCUUCACAUUCUCGGUGGACGUGCGAGUGAGCGACCCGCCGAGCUGGGGCGGCCGUCCCCAGAGCAGGCUCUUCACAUCGCCCGACCGCACCGUCUGGGGCCGCGCCAUCCCCGGCCUGCCCCACAGAAGCCACUGCUGCGGCAAAGUCAACCACAGAACGAAAAUCAUCGGCGGCGGCGAAACCGGGCCCAACGCUUUCCCCUGGAUGGCGGCGCUGGUGCUGCCCGGCGAAGCACGGCCCUUCUGCGGUGGCUCUCUGAUCAACGACCGCUACGUGAUGACGGCGGCCCACUGCGUGGUGGGGACGCGACCUCAGGACACGCGGGUCAUCCUGGGAAAGCACGAGCUGCGCCGAAACUCAAGCACCGACCUGCUGCUCGAGCUGUCCGAGGUGAAGACCCAUCCGCUAUUCAGCACGAUCUUUCUGUGGUACGACUACGCGUUGCUGAAGCUGGCGACUCCGCUGGACCUGCCGAUCGGAGGCAACCUGAUCGCACCGGUCUGCCUGCCCUACCGGAUACCCUACGUGCGAGAGCCGGCGGUGGCUGCCGGCUGGGGCACCACUGAGGGCGGCCAGCAGCCGGAGCGGCUUCGCGCCGUCCGCCUGCGCACCGUCUCCAGCCUGGUGUGCGGCCUGCUGAACCCGGUGACGCUGGCGCGCACCAUGCUCUGCGCCACGGGCAGACUGAUAGCCGGCGGCGCCGACACAUGUUCGGGCGACUCGGGCGGACCGCUGACGGUGCGCGCGCGCUGGCAGCCGGGUCGACGCAUGCUGCUCGGCCUCACCAGCUGGGGCAUCGGCUGCGCGCUGCCGCUGGCGCCCGGCGUCUACGCCAAGGUGCCGGCCGCGCUCGACUGGAUCGUCAGGAACACACCGGACGCCCGCUACUGCUGACCGGAGGCCACGCGGCGGCCGGAGCGGCGCGAGGCCGCUGGGCCGGCUGCUGGUGGAGGUGGAGCGCCGCUGGUGGCCCGUGAACGAAUGCCAGACGCGGCGCGCUGUGAAUCCGGCGGAGGGAUCAGGGCGUUGACGCAGUGGAGUCGCGCAGCAGGGCGUGUUCAGGACAGGUUCAGGGAAGGUGGUGUUGGCACCUGUGGCGUGGCGUUUUAUGUUACUUUGAUGCUUUUGAUUUUAAAUGUUGUUAAACUUGGUGGGUGUGAGGGUCGAAAUCCACCAAUCGCCUUCUUGAUUUGCGGUGAGUGUAGACGUCUGUUCACGUGGAACCGAACUGCUUGUCAGGUAUUAUUGUUGUUCAUGUGAGAACAGUGCAGGUCUGUUGCGAUCAAUAAAAAACUCAGAGAAAGCGUUGUCUGAUGGCACGUUAGACCAUAUCAAAUUUGAUGCGCGCGAAAUGAGUGAUGACACUAACGAUAUGACAUCGGGGUGGUGUUUCCGCCAUAAUUGAUGCAAAAUGCUCUGCAAUGAUAGUGCUCUUUCCAAACAGCUACUGCUUCAAGGUGAUCCUGAGAUAGACAUAAUCGUCAAUAAGCCGUCUCAGUGACAGCGCAAUAGAAUUGAGGGCG